AUGCAAGAUCCCUCAAAGCCUCGAUGAAAGAUAAUCUAUAUCAUAUUCAUAUGCCUAUAUUCUACCCUUAUUCCUUUAAAAAUUGCAGCAAUUAGCACACAAGACUGGUAUAAGCAAGAGGGUUUUCAAGAAUGGAAAGGAUCACUUUUUAAAGUUUAUUCUGCUAGUGAAGGAGAUUACAAAGAAGAUUCAUAUGCUGAGCUUGCAAACUACUGAUGCGAAACUAGUGAAAUUAAUAAGAAAACAAAAGAUAACUAUGCAGGAUGUGAAAUGUUCACAAAUCUAUCAGGGGGUGGUAUCAGCUUUGCUGUAUUUAGUGCUGUUGAAAUUGUGUUUAUUGGCUCUUUUAUUGCUUUUACUCUGUCUGUCAUAUAUUGCGAUAAAAAUUUUUUGUGCUUGAGAGUCCUUUUUUCUAUUUUUUUGACACUUUGUGGAAUUCUUGGGUUUAUUGUUAUGGCUGGAACAUCUAUGAUUCGAUUUAAUGAUGAUUGUGACACAGAUGAUGAUAAUUCAUCCCAGAGCAGCACUUGUGCAUUAGUUGGGCCACAACUGGAUUUGUUUAAUUUAGUAUAUGUCAUUACCAUAUCCUUUGUGUUUUGGGUUUUUAUCUGUGCAACUAAAUGUGAAAAAAGGAUACUUGAUGAGAGAAUCAAUGGUCAAUCUAAUAUUGAAAGCAACUAUAGGAGUCAAGACAGAGCGCAAAUGCAAGAAAUUCCUAUGAAUGUUAUGAGUUUGCCACUUAAUGGCGAUAGUAGAGACCAAAAUUCUGGGGCACCUGAUAUAAUUUAUGAAUAA